UUAUCUUUUCAAGUGGCUUUUUUGCAAAGUUUUAAAAAAGAGACGCACUUUAAAACAACCAGUCCAAAUAAUUCUUAACAAACGAUCAAGUUUCCCUGCAUUUGCCUGAGGAGUCCAAAUCAUUUCGCGAAUCGGUUCGUUCGAACAACGAUAACGCGAUUCAUAUGAAUCAUUCAAGCUUUUCACGUUUGUGGUAAACGUCAUUUUGGUUUAUCACUAACAUUUUCCCUAAUUCUCGUUUUAUUUUGCUCAAAAUAUAAUAAAAUAUAUAUUGCGGGUCGGUUCGGCCGAAACAUUAAAAAAGAAACGCCAUUCAUUCCAUGAAGUCAGUUAACAUUGGAAAAGAUGUGACGUGUGAAGUUUUUAAAGUAAAACAGGGCGGAUUCGGGUGUGUAUACUGUACAUGAUCCAGCAGGAAAGGGCGUUCAGCAUCAUUCCAUCCUAAAAAUAACUCCUGUCCUGGAAACUGAACUUCCAUUGCAAUGGCCACCUCUCCACCCAUAAUAACCGGACAGAUCGUUCGGUCCGAACUACAGGAAUGCAGUCUGUGUUCACAUGAUCUCUGCUUAUCUGAUGUGAAUGACUGUCUGGUGUAUGAUCGACAUGGCGUUAAGACAACUUUCCAGAGUUUGUUUCGGCACAAAAAAUCAAUAAUCGUUUUCGUGAGGAAUUUCUUGUGCUUCACAUGCAAAGAAUAUGUAGAAGACUUGGGUAAAAUACCUCGGGAUAUGCUGCAGGAAUCCAAUGUGAGAUUGGUAGUGAUUGGCCAGUCAUUGUAUACUCACAUUGAAGGAUUCUGCUCUCUGACUGGCUAUCCCCAUGAGAUAUAUGUUGAUCCAGAGAGACACGUUUACAAAAAACUUGGCAUGAGAAGAGGAGAGACGUACAUGGAGAACUCUUCCAAAAGUCCACACGUGAAAUCCAGUUUGUUAGUGGGCAGUCUGAAGAGCAUGUGGCGUGCCAUGACCAGCCCCCUGUUCGACUUUCAAGGAGAUCCACAGCAGCAAGGAGGAGCCGUUAUUGUAGGCCCAGGUCCGAAGGUUCAUUUUGUCCAUUUUGACAUGAAUCGUUUCGACCACAUGCCAAUCAACUGGUUGCUUCAGCUAGCAGGUCUUCAAACGCUGGACUUCAGUGAUUCAACUAAAGUCAUUGACAUCUGAUUCAAUAUGAUUGAUUCUGUGUUUGCAGCUAUUUAAAUUAUGUGUUUAAACUGUAGAUUAAUUUAAUGUAAUUGUGUAUAUUUUGCUUAACUGAAUUUAUUCAAUGACUGUAUUGUAUUACUGUUAAUUACAACCAAAGACUGUUGUACCUCACGCAUGGAAUUUCAAACAAGCAGCAGAUGUGGUUAUUAAACUGGCACG